AUGCCCGGCCGAAUCACAACACUGAUCGGCACGAUCAAGAGGAAACCCACCAAUGCUCCCGACCGAAAAUCAGACAGCCAGGCAAAUGGAGCUCCCGCCAAUGGCGAGAAGACAUCUCUCGGCCAUGAUCUCACGCAUAUGAAGUUCAAAGAUGCCAGAGUAUUGGGCCAAGGUCUAACUUCUCUGGCAUCGGGAGAGCCAUUGGACGACAAGGAGCUUUUGCUCGAACAUGGCGUGUCUAUGUUGCAAGGGCUUCCGCUCAACAGCGGCCUUUCAGCUUCCGUUUCAGACGCAUUCAUUAAGAUGCUCUAUCAUGAUCUCCCACAUCCACCAGCAACGCUUGCAGGUCCGACAUCGAGAUAUCGAAGGCACGACGGUGGUGGCAAUGUUCCUUGGAAUCCAGAAAUGGGCAAAGCUGGCUCUCCAUACAGUCGCAGCGUUCCUCCAAUGAAGCCCAAAGGCCCAAAUCUCCCCGAUCCCGAGCUCGUCUACGAGCAGCUGCUCAAGCGGAAAGACCCUUUCAAAGAGCAUCCCUCGGGCCUCAACAGGAUGUUCUUCUCCUUCGCCACAAUCGUCAUCCACGAGUGUUUCCAGACUUCGCGAUCGAAUCAUUGGAUCAACGAGACGAGCAGUUACGUGGAUCUGAGCACGCUAUAUGGUAACACGGAGAAAGAGCAGAAGGGAGUGCGGACAUAUCAGAAUGGAACGAUAUUCAAUGAUUCGAUUGCUUCUGACCGAAUCAUGAUGAUGCCUCCUGGUGUCAUUGCCACACUUCUGCUGUUCUCGAGGAAUCACAACAGUAUCGCAGAGAACUUGUUGACGAUCAAUGAAGAGGGCAAGUAUCGUCCUUGGGAAACUUUGACCGAGGAGCAGCAAGUCUGGCAAGACGAGGAUAUCUUCCAGCUCUCCAGAAACAUCAACGUCGGCUUCUUCGCUACUGUCGUGCUCAAAGACUACGUCGCAGCUAUUCUGAAUACACCGCGGGCAAACUCCACUUGGUCAUUGGAUCUGGGAGGCGAAAUCAAGACCGCCGGACAACGUGUUGAUCGCGCAAGCGGAAACGUCGUAUCUGUCGAAUUCGCCGUCCUCUACCACUGGCACGCAGCCCUGAGCGCCGCAGACGCAACAUGGCUGGAAGACAUGUUCAAAUGGAGUCUACCAGAGUUGAAGUCCAUCGACGACUUGACUCAGAAGGAUUUCAUGACUGUGUUGAUGAAAGAAGGCCACAAGCUGGUGGCUACUCCUGCAAAGGAGUGGACAUUCGCCAAUUUGCAGAGACAAGCGGAUGGCAAGUUCAAGGAUUCGGACAUUGCGGAGAUCUUGAAGAGCUGUGUUGAUGAGCCUGCGCAUGCGUUUGGUGCUCAUAGCACGCCGCACGCCCUCAAGGUUGUGGAGAUUAUGGGCAUGCUGCAGGCUCGGGAGCAAUUCCGCAAAUACCUGAAUUUGAAAGCAUACAAGACCUUCGAGGACUGGAAUCCAGACAAAGAGACAGCUCGAGCGGCUGAGCUUCUCUACGGACAUAUCGACAACCUUGAGCUCUAUCCUGGACUGAUGGCAGAGGUGACAAAGCCAGCGAUGCCAGGUAGUGGUGUCUGCCCUGGCCAGACGACUGGUCGUGGUAUCUUGGAUGACGCAGUGGCUCUUAUUCGAGGAGAUCGUUUCUUGAGCUACGACUUCAACAGCAGUACGCUCACCAGCUGGGGCGUCAGCAAAUUGGGCUCUCCUCCAGCAGGCUGCUACGGCGGUAUGCUCCCGCAUUUGAUCUUCGCAGGCCUGCCAGGCGCAUACACUGGUACUUCGACUUACGCUCUUCUGCCAUUCUACACGCCAAAGGCCGCUCGUGGCAUCCUUAAAGGCAACGGUGUUCUCGACCAAUACGACCUGAAGCGGCCUCGCAGUGACAUGGACAUCGUUGCAGUGCAGUCGCAAGAAGCCUGCAAGAAGGUGUUCUUGGACACUGACAGCUUCCGACUCUGCACGUACGGCCACUACACCAUCUUCGGCUGGGACAACAUCCAGAAGCACAACGACCAGACAAACCCUCUGCACAAGAUUUUCUUCGAGGACGGCUUCGAGAGCAAUGUUGCGAAGUUCUACAGCGCCAAUGUGUCGAAGCUCAUCAAGGAGAGCUCGCUAAAGUACCAGAGCACGAAGCGAUCGAUCGAUAUCGUCCGCGAUGUGACCAACGUCACUCCUAUCCUCUGGCUGGCUGAACGUUUCGCCAUCCCCCUCAAGACACCGCAGAACCCACGAGGCCUACUGACUCUUCCCGAGCUCUUCGAGAUCUACAUGGCGCUGUACCUCUACCACACCUUCAACAUCCAACCGAUCAAGGAGUGGAAACUCCGAGACGACGCGAACAAGAGCUCGCAAAUCCUAAAGUCAAUCCACGAAGCGCAUCUCAAGACACAACAAGGUCUCAAAGAGCACCUCGUCGACUGGCUGGCCAAGGGCUCCGCAUACGAAGUCAAGCCCGAAGCAGAUCGGAUCUACCACGCCCUCAACAACACCAAGCUCAACAUCAACAACCUCGUCGAAGACUGCAUCGGCGUGGGCACCCCCAUUGCUGGCGUCGUCACGCAGCAGACAUCCCUCCUGGUCGACCUGUUCCUUAAGCCCGAGUACGAGCAAUACAAGCAACGGAUCAUCGAGCUCGCCCACAAAGACGAUGCCGCCUCCGACAAGGAGUUGCAAGGGUUCGUCUUCGAAGGCAUGCGCCUCGCUUCCGCCAUCCCGGGCGUUCCCCGUGUCGCGACUAGAGACACCACCGUCCAAGACGGCCCCUACGGCCCCGUCAACGUCAAGAAAGACAACGUGAUCCUCAUUGCAACCUCCAAAGCAAACCUCGACCCAGCCGCGUUCCCAGAUCCAGAGAAACUAAACCCGCACCGCGCGGUGUCAGAUUACAGCUUGAAGUCCUUCGGCGCCCGCAUCGUCGGUCCUUCGAUCGCAGCCACGCUGAAAGAGAUCUUCAAGCUCAAGAACGUGCGUCGGGCACCGGGACGGCGGGGCCAGCUGCAUUUCGUGGAACACGAUGUUGGGGGUGUGAAGUUGAAGGCGUAUUUGGAUGCUAAUUCGAGGGAGAAUCAUGUGCCUACGACGUUGAGUAUUGAGUAUGAUGAGUGA